CAGUAGUGUUUAAUUAUUCAUCAUUCUUCCCCAGCCCGCUUUUGCUCGUCAUCAGUCAUCUCUCUCUCUCGACGCGAAAUAUAUCUUCGUGGCUGCUUUAGCAUCUUGCUUCUUGUACCCCAAAAACACAUUACAGCCCAAGAUGACAAUCAGGAACCACCAUGAUUUUGUAAAUGAAAUUAACGCAAUGUUGGACGAGGCAGAACCGGCCAUGACUGCUGACUGCUGCAUCUAUAGGGUACCUUAUGAUAUUCGCAAAUUGAAUGAAGAUACCUUUACCCCUAAGGUUGUUUCUAUUGGCCCCUUUCACUACGGGCAUCCUAGACUACAAAACAUGGAAAAAUUCAAGUUGCUGUAUGUCAAGCAUUUUUCUGAAAGAGUUUCCACCUCCAUAAGCUUGGAUAGAUUAAUUAGCUCCGUGGAAGAGGUUGAGCCUUGUGUUCGGCGUUGUUACUCAGACACAGUUGAGCUUAGUAUUAAGGAAUUUGUGAAGGUGAUUUUAGUGGAUUCGUGUUUCUUAUUUGAGCUCUUUUUAAGGUCCUAUUAUGAUGAUUGGUCCCAAGAUGAUAGUAUUCAGUUAAAACCAUGGCUAGUUACUACUAUGAGAUUAGAUUUGUUUUUACUUGAGAAUCAGCUACCUUUCUUUAUUCUUGAGAGGCUAUUCAAUAUAGCUUUUCCCUCUAGCAAGAUCGAUCAUAGACUCCCUUCAUUUCUUGAACUUACUUUUGACUACUUUGCCUAUUACAACAACAUGAAAUUAACCCCUCAUGAUAUCAGCAUAAGCCACUUCACUGAUUUGAUUAGAACGUUUCACCUACAACCAUUAAGUAGACGACCAAAUAGAUCGCAUGAAUCAUUGGUACAUCUUCAGAGCGCAACUGAGUUAGUUGAGGCAGGGAUAAGAUUUAGGAAAAGUACAAGCCCGUGCUUAAUGGACAUAAAAUUUUCGGGGCGAGUUCUUGAAAUACCACAGUUGAAAGUGGAGGACUGGACUGAGACUUUGUUACGCAAUUUAGUAGCAUUAGAGCAAUGUCACUACCCUUCUAAUUCUUACAUUGUUGACUAUGUUGCUGUUAUGGACUUUCUUAUCAACACUAGCAAAGAUGUGGAUGUCUUGGUUCAGAAUGGAGUCAUCCUUAAUUGGCUAGGGGAUGCCAAUUCUGUGGCCAACCUAUUCAAUAGCCUCUGGAAAAAUGUUACGCACGUAAAUUUCAAUUCCCAUUACUCAAAACUCUGCAAGGACCUGAAUAUCUUCUGUAAAGAUCCUUGGCAUAACAUGAAGGCCACUUUGAGGCGUGAUUACUGCAACACUCCUUGGCAAAUUGCUGCUUCUGUUGCUGGAAUCCUACUCCUUGUUCUCUCUUUAAUCCAAACUCUUUGUUCUAUCAUACAAGUGGUGCAGCAAUAAAACAAGGAUUGUCAUAUUGAACUUCUCCUUUCCAUUUUUGGUGAUUUAUUUACUGUUGGAGCAUUCUGUCUAUGCCUCUUCUUGUGUAUGCCAUCGUCCUUUGUACUAAUAGCGAGAGAAUUCUAGUCAUGGUAGCGUACUAGCGUACAAAUGUUAAGUACAAAAAGCUACCUUCACUAAGAUUGGAUUAAUUGAGCAACACCAUCUAAAUAAAGAAGGCAUGUUGGAUUUCA